CCCAGGGAUGAACAGCUUGCGGGGCAGUUGAGGAAGAAACUACUUGUGGGCUAAAUUUGAAGACUUCUCAUUGGAAGAAGAACAAGUAAGCUGCGACCAUGAGUACGGACGCAGAGAUGGCCUAUUACGGCAAGGCUGCGAUUUACCUCCGUAAGCCAGAAAAAGAGAGGCUUGAGUCCCAAAGUAAGCCAUUUGAUGCCAAGAGUGCUGCAUAUGUGACUGAUACCAAAGAGCUGUACAUGAAGUGUACCAUCAUUAAGAAGGAGGGUGGCAAAGUCACUGUUAAAGUGUUGGAGACAGAGGAGGAGAGAACAGUCAAAGAGGAUGAUGUUACACCCAUGAACCCUCCCAAGUACGACAAAAUUGAGGACAUGGCCAUGAUGACCCAUCUCAAUGAAGCCUCUGUGUUGUAUAACCUCAAAGAGCGUUAUGCAGCAUGGAUGAUCUACACCUACUCUGGGCUGUUCUGUGCCACUGUAAACCCCUACAAGUGGCUCCCAGUGUACGAUCAGGAGGUUGUCAAUGCGUACAGAGGCAAGAAGCGUAUGGAGGCUCCCCCCCACAUCUUCUCUGUGUCUGACAAUGCCAUCCAGAACAUGCUUACUGAUAGACAGAAUCAGUCGGUCUUGAUCACUGGAGAAUCCGGUGCUGGAAAGACGGUGAACACCAAGCGUGUCAUCCAGUACUUUGCUACUAUCGCAGUGAGUAGUGACAAGAAGAAGGACCAAGGCGCUGGAAAAAUUCAGGGCUUUUCAUUGGAGGCCCAAGUAUUCCGCCAAGUGGCCCUGUGGAGGCCGGGUGAUGGCGGGUAG